AUGAGCAUUCAAACCCAUCCCCGUCAACACGCUACGCCUCCGGAAAGUUUCACCAGCCUCCCUUUGACCCCUCCCCUAACAGAUAAGACGACAACAAGUUUGGUCUCGCGCAUUAUAGAGGAGAUUAAGAAUCGGCAGGAGGGACGCAACUUGACGAGUACGCCCUGGGCUGUCUACUUAUUAGACCUGAAGGGGUACCAGGAGCUGCAGCACGAACUCCAAAGAGAUGAGUCGCUCUGGGGGUUUGCACAGCAUAAACUCCGAUAUGAUUACUUCCCCUCCACCAGUCGACUUGUUCUUCGAAUGCCCACCACCUUGCACGAAGAAUUCAUUACAAGCAUUGUCGAGGAGAUACAAGUCCAAUUGAAGUCUAUCCAAAACGCCUCAGCAGAGUUCGCAAAGGAGAUCAGGUCUGGCGGAUCAGCAUCAAUCAAGUUUGCAGACGAAGAGUAUGGCAAGCAUGAUCCUGACGCGCAGUUCCGGCACUCGAAGGCCCAAUUUCCAGGAAUCGUGAUUGAGGUGUCGUAUUCGCAGAAGAGAAAGGACCUCGAGCGUCUUGCGGACGAUUAUAUCCUUGGGUCUGAUAGCGAUAUUCUGGUAGUUGUGGGCUUGGAUAUCGAAUACAAAACUGGCAAGAAGGCAACCUUAUCUGUCUGGAGGCCGAACAUUAUCACAAAUGAAGCUGGGGAGAAAGAACUAGUCGCCCAACUGAUCGUCGCGAACCAGGGUUGCAUACACCAUUGUCACCUACGUCCUAUGCUAACCUGA